UCUUAAGUUGUUUUUCUUUUUUUGUAAUUUUAUUCAUUUUACUGCUGCAAGCUUUAGAAAAACCACAUCCACAGAUGGCACAGGGCUUGAGAAAAGGGCCAUUUAGUUGUCCGGGACAAGUAAAUUUUCCUGCCAAUCAAGUAACUUGUCUGUGCCUAAAUUUAUGCCGAGCUAAAGUUUUGAUUUCCCACAACUGUGCAAUAAGUUCUUAACCGUAAACUGCCAGAUAAAUGUUAAAGUACUUGCAAACCGACACUCAAAAUUGGCUUAAACCACCAAACUGGCAGCUGAGUACAGUACAUGUAAGUUAAAUAUUAUUGAACAUCUAAAUUAUUCUUCAAUUCAUGUAAUCAGUUAUCCCAGCUUACUUAUUAACUGUUUAUUGAAACUAUAGUGAAGUUAGUGUUGUCACUUUUGUUGUCGAAUUAUUUUGUCCCUGUAUGCAGAAGGUACCAAGUCUUACAGUGCAGGGCUUCGUGUUGUCUGUGGUCCCAGCUGGAAUGUGGAUGAAACUGAUGGCAAAGAAGGUUUUGUUGGAACAGUUGUUGAACUCGGAGGGGAUUCUUCCAGUGUACCAGAUAACAUGGCAUUAGUUCAGUGGGACAUAGGACUAUGUCAGCUGUAUAGAGCAGGACAUGAUGGCGCUUUUGAUCUAUGUGUGUUGGAAAGUUCUCCUGCGGGUGUAAAACAUGUGGGUUUAGCUUGCGUUGCCUGCAAGCAGACUCCUAUUUUAGGAACACGUUGGAGCUGUUUAGACUGCGAGGAUCAUGCAGUGAACCUAUGUACAUCAUGUUACAUGGCAGAUGAGCAUGACAUACAACAUGUCUUUCAGAGGAAAGAUUCUCCAAGAGUCCAUGGUGACAAUGAAUUUCUGUUGGAAGAAGAAGCAAGGAAAUUAAAAUUUCAAGCAAGAGGCAUUUAUCCUGGUGCUAAAGUUACAAGAGGUCCAGACUGGGAAUAUGACAACCAAGAUGGCGGAAUAGGGACAUUUGGUACCGUGAAGAAAAUCAUGAAUUGGAAGGAAAACCCAGCAAGUGCCGCGACUGCCUCGUGGGAAAAUGGUACUAAAGGUACUUACAGGCUUGGUUACCAUGGCAAAGUGGAUUUGAAGUGUGUAACUGCAAACAGUGGUGGUUAUUACUACAAAGGUCACCUUCCAAGUCUAGGCCAAAAGUUUUAUUUUCAAAAGGUUUCAUACCCUAUAUUUUGUUACAUUGAUGCAGAAUUUCUGUUGGAAGAAGAAGCAAGGAAAUUAAAAAUUCAAGCAAGAGGCAUUUAUCCUGGUGCUAAAGUUACAAGAGGUCCAGACUGGGAAUAUGACAACCAAGAUGGCGGAAUAGGGACAUUUGGUACCGUGAAGAAAAUCAUGAAUUGGAAGGAAAACCCAGCAAGUGCCGCGACUGCCUCGUGGGAAAAUGGUACUAAAGGUACUUACAGGCUUGGUUACCAUGGCAAAGUGGAUUUGAAGUGUGUAACUGCAAACAGUGGUGGUUAUUACUACAAAGGUCACCUUCCAAGUCUAGGCCAAAAGGUCAGAAAUUCAUCUCAAACAUGGAUAACAUUUAAAACCAAGGAAGACCUUCCUAGCUUUAAGUGCAAGCCUUGA